UUCACGAACCUCGAAACUUCGCGCAGUAUUCUUCCUUCUUCCCGCCAAGACAGAACCAGUGCGAUUCCAUUUCCCUCUCGGACUCGAUCAUCGGAAGCCGAAAGAGUGAGAUCAAUGGAAUUUAAUCUGAGUGGAAAUGCUCUCAAGACCUUCGCUCGCUCAGUCACAUGCCUUGCUCGCAUCGGAAACGAGCUCGUCAUCCAAGCUUCUCCAUCGCAGUUGGCUUUUUACACCCUCAAUGCAUCACGGUCUGCCUAUCAAGCUAUAACCUUUGAGCCUGGGUUCUUUGAUACUUAUGCCAUUUCUGGUAAUCAAGUGCAAUGCAGUGUUCUUUUGAAGGCUGUCUGCUCUGUUCUUAGAACAUCCAUUGCUAGCGUAGACCAUCUGAGAGUGCAGUUACCAGAUACUUAUGCAUUGAAAAUACAAUGGAGUUUGGAAUGCUUCAAUGGAAUAAAGAAAACAUACUGCAUUUCUUGCAACGUUGAGCCAGACAUACAGCACUUGUCUCUUGACAGGAGACAGUUCCCAAGUGACUUAGUUGUGAGACCUCGAGAUCUGAAUCGAUUACUAUCUAAUUUUCAGUCAUCCUUGCAGGAGAUCACUGUUAUUGCAACAGAACCAACUUCCUUACCUUCUGAAGCUGCAAUUGAGAUUGAAGGAAAGGCUGUUGAGCUUCGAAGUUAUAUAGACCCAACCAAAGACAAUGACGCGCUGCUUCAUACUCAACUCUGGAUAGAUCCUAUGGAAGAGUUUGUCCAUUAUUCUCACAGUGGAGAUCCGGUAGACAUAACAUUUGGAGUAAGAGAAUUGAAGGCAUUUCUUUCUUUCUGCGAGGGCUGUGAAGUUGACAUCCAUCUGUUUUUUGAAAAAGCUGGGGAGCCAAUUCUAUUGGCGCCAAAAUUUGGUCUAGAUGAUGGGUCUGGUACAAACUUUGAUGCUACACUUGUUCUUGCGACCAUGUUAGUAUCACAGCUCCAUGCGGGAAGCCGAUCACAGCCUCCACAAGAGGCUACUACUGGACAGGGUGAAUCUGAUCACAGGGCUGGGUCCCAACCACAGCAGGAUGGGCCCGGAGCUAAUGUUUCUGGCCAUCCAUCUGAUCAUACCAGAAUAUGGUCUGAACUCUCAGGAAGUGCACCAAGAAGUGGGAAUGGUGCUGAAGGACAGGUACAAGGCCAGAGCAAUUUGAGUUCUUCUGAACAGAUGGAAAUUCAAAGGAUUAGUAAUGUACAGAUUUCAAAAGCUGGGUACGCUCAGGGAUAUAACCUUGUCGAUCGUGCUAGAGACCAUUCUGUGGGAAGGGAUCUGGGAAGAGAACAUCAAGAGAGGUCUGAUAUAAACGGUCCUGCCGUUUCUCAACACCAUCCCAGUAACUGGGUAGAUGAAGAAGAUGAGGAUGAUGACAACGAUGAUGGGGAUGAUAACGAGUUGUGUGUUCAGUCAACUCCACCAUACUAUGAAGAACACUAGACAGGUAUUGCAUCUACUUUUUUGUUGGCUCAUGAACCUAAUUAGAUUGUUGAGCCCUAUCUCGUAAUUUCUUCCAAUCACAUAUAUGUUUUGUUUGACUCUGCUUAUUGGUCCCUGUUUGUUUUGAAAUUAUCUGAACUAUGCUACUGUUUGAGGUGUGACAUGUACCUUUCCUAUCAACUACAUAAUAAACUAUUGCGAUUGAGCUUAUUUACCACUUAAUCAAGGUAGAUCACGAGCCCUCAUAACAGAUGUAUUUUCCCGAUGGGUUAUUUUUAUGUUUUCUCUCCCCCUCUUUUUAUCUAUAAUUGGAGAGCUCUUUCAAUAAUCUCUACUAAUCAUGUGGCAACGCUUGACUCUGCUAUAUUUGGUGGUGAAGGUAACUCAGGGGAUACUAGAUCGUAGGUAGGUGGUCACUACGACUUGAACUCAUUCCCUCUAAACCCUUUAUUAUAUACACGACUUUUAUUGAGAAAAAAAAAAAACCUUGAUCUAGGUAAUAUUUGUGUAAUCCCAUUAAAUAAUAGAAAUAGUUAAUCUUAUUAUAUUGUUACUAGUGAUUAGAGAUUUAUAUAGAUUUAUCUUGUCUUGUUACCUAUUACCUGUUACCUAUUAUCUAGAGAUUUAUUUAGAUUACCUAAUAUCUAGUAAAUCUAGAUUUAGUUAGCCUUUCUUUUAGUUUGUCUUUAUGGGGACAUGUAAUUCU